AUGGAGGCCAGCUGUGGAGACUACGAUUUAGAGGAGAAAGUGGUGAAUGAGGAGAGGGGCUCUUUCAACCUUCUUGCUGAACAUUACCUUCCUCCAAACUGCUUUUACCCCUACUGGUUACAGAGAUGCCAUCCGUGCCACACUGGCCAAGCUUCACCUACCGCCAGUGCUGUGGGAGAGGAAGCAUCUUACCCGCUGUAUCCAGGCCACAUUCCAACAAGCCCCCUGCAGAAAGCCCUGCUGACUGUUGGCUCAGCGUUUAUGGCACUCUACGAUCCUUACCGGCAUGAUAUGGUAGCCGUUCUCGGGGAGACCACGGGCUACUUCGCUCUGCAGAAGCUCCAGGAGAGGAUGAGGAAUGACCCCGAGGGACAUCAAAUCCUACAAGAGCGGCCACGGAUACGUCUUUCCACACUGGAUAUCACUGCGCUUCGGGCACUUCCAGAGGGGACAUUUGGCCGGGAAUAUGUUCGCUUUUUGGAUGACAACAGGGUUUCUCCGGACACGAGGAUGCCUACCAAGUUUGUAGAUGAUGAGGAAUUGGCCUACAUCGCCCAGCGGUAUCGAGAAGUCCACGAUCUGAUGCACACACUCCUUGGCAUGCCUACCAACAUGUUAGGGGAGGUGGCAGUAAAGUGGUUUGAAGCUGUCCAGACUGGCCUGCCCAUGUGCAUUCUGGGAGCAGUGUUCGGCCCUGUUCGACUUAACACCCGGAAACUUUACAUCCUGACCACCGAUCUCAUCCCAUGGGCUGUUCGGAGUGGAAGCAAUGCUAGCUGCAUCCUAAAUUUCUAUUACGAGAACCGCUGGGAGCAAACAGUGGAGUCUCUCCGCAAUGAAAUCGGGAUCCUGCCACCUCCUGUGAUUGGGAUGUGAAUCCACUCCAGGAAAA